GGCCUAGAUCCAUAAAAUGAUAAAUACUACACUACUACAGUCGUCUAUAGCUUUUUAAUAGAGUCGGACAACUGUUUUAGGGCUACAAUACAUACACUACGGUCUAAGUUAGAUCUAGUACCCAAGGAUAUCUAGAUCUAGAUAUAUUUUGCUAAACUAAAUUCAAAAAUUGGUAAAGUAAAAGUUACUAGAUCUAGUUAGUGAUGGAGUACCACGUAGACCUAUUUAUGAUGUAUAACAGAGUGAGUCAUACUUAAAAAACUAAGACGUCUAAGAUUUACUGCUGCAGGGUAGUAGAGUCUUAACCUAGAGAAGGUCAAGAUAAGAAUAUAAUGAAAAUAUGGGUUUCAAACAAAUAUACAGUGUUGUUGUUUUCCUGCUUCUAUUUCUAACAAAAUACAUUGACAAUGAUGACAGCUAUCAGAAUAACCAAAACAAUGUUUUUGAAGAAAAAAUUUUCUUAGAUGUUUGUGUACAAACUUCUAAACAGAUAUUAAUUGGGAAUGGCACAGCUAUCACUGAAGAAAAACCUGAAAUCUUCUUAUUAGAUAAGGAUAGAAUUAACCAAGAAUUAGACGCAUUCUGCUCAACACAAACAUUUUUCAAAACUGGGACUAUUUAUUGGAAGUGCAGGUUUGACUUCGAAAUCUCUACUGACAAUUUAAAACAACUAAAGAUUAUUGCAAGAACUACAAACUCUAAUAUUCCAUCAGAAAUUAUAUCAGCUUCAUCAUAUGAUAAAGUGUGUUCAAAUACAAGUAACAGUGAAAAAGAUGAUGAAGAUUCUUCACUAAUGAUAAGCUCAGUAGCAGGUAUUCAGAAAACAUCCCCUCCCCCUCCAAAAAGCAAGAAUAAAAUCACAAAAGAAUUUUCCCAUAGAGAUAAUGAAGCUACUUCAGCAAGUCUUAGUUCAGUAACUGAUGAUGUGACUACUUCAAGUUUUAACUUAACAGAUUUGUUUCCUUUGCUGCUACUUUUACCACUGAGCCUUUUAAUUGUUGCUUUAUAUGAAUGGUUUAGGAAUAGAUCAGAAGUUACAAGAAACCGUGAAUCAACGCCUUUGAUGCAUGAAACAGGAAACAUAGCUGAGACAUGUCAACAAGAAAGUUCCAUUCAAAUAAAUAAUGCAGAAAAAGAGGAAAACGAUGACAGUAUUUCAUUAUCAAAUAAAACCUUGCGAAAUGCACAAGUUCUUGAAAAAGGUACAGAUUCUUACACUGAAGUAAAUGGAAUGAAUAAUCUUGACAAGACUCAUGAGCUUGUACAUUCUAUUGAAGCAACAAAUACUCAAGAUAAUACUGCAGUUAAUGAAACUGUGCAACCUGUUCAAGAAACAAAUACUCAAGAUGAUACUGCAGUUAAUGAAACUGUGCAACCUAUUCCAGAAACAAAUACUCAAGAUGAUACUGCAGUUAAUGAAACUGUGCACCCUUUUCAAGAAACAAAUACCUUUGAAGCAGAUGUUGCUAUUAAUCCAACCUUGUUGUAUUGGGGAUGCAACAGCUAAAAGAACUCUACAAUGUUCUUCUCUUGUUGCUGUAACAGAAAAAGUGCUUUCUCAUCAUAACAUUAUUGGAUAAUUUUUUUUCUUUCAGAUGGCAUAUCCCUUGUCUUUCUUUUAAUAUCUCUUGAAAAAGAUUAUUGAUACUUUGUCCUCUUGCUAAAAUGAGCUCAGUACAAAUUUUAUAUCAAAAUUAUUCUUCUUUUUUAGUAGGACUACUGGCAAAUAUAUUUUUUUGGGGUUAAUUAAAAGCAAUUAAUUAAACGUAAACUAAACAUUUUUUUACAUGUUCUCUGUACUUUCAAAUGCUUUUUAUUUUAUUGCAUGUCCAAAAAACUGUCCUGUCAAAAACUCUAUUUCUCUUCAAUAUUUUUUUUUUUUUAGAUAUAAAUGAAUUUUUUUUUCAUUUUACAUCAAGACCAUUUUACUGAAACUUAGCUUGGUAGCUAUAUUUAAAAUUCAUUAGAUAUUUUUUUAAAAAUAUCUACAUAUAGAGCUAUGCUUAAAUUUCAUUGGAAGUUAAUUCUUGCAGUAUUUUUAAUAGCAUUUUUUUUUUUACAUUCUAGGGUAAACAAUACAUUUGUAGGGUAAUACAAUACAUUAGCUUUAAAAAAAUGUUUUUUUUUUAUUUCUUUGUAAUUACUAGUUUAAAAUUUAAUUUACAAGUAUUGAUGUAUUCCUACAUUUUAAAUUUCUGUUUGAAAGUUUUUAUUUCAGAGAAAAAAUAAAUGUAAGAGUAUAAAAAAAAUUGUCAGGAACUGUAAAUUUAAGAAUAAUGAAGUAAACUGAUAUUGUGAAAAAUAAAAUUUACUAAGUGAAAGUAUUAUGAAAUAAACCAAUAGAAGGAAACUCCGAUAGUUUUUUCCAAAUAUGAGUUUUAAAAAAAAUGAUUAGGAAACAUUGGCCAUGUUUGACUUAGAUCUACAUCUAAUCCACUUGAUCAGUAAUUCCCUAACUAGGGCCCACUGGCUGUGGGUAAUAUCUGGCUAGUCAUAUAUAAUACUGUAUUCAAUACACGAGUUCUUAUCAAAAGUUAAAAAAACAUCCUUUUUUUUCUACAGUAAGUUUUAAUCUUUUAGACACUUGCUCCAAUAGAAUAAUAAUAUUGCAUUAUUAAUGUUUAGUCAUCUUUUUUUAAAAAUAAAUUUGUAUAUGAUUCCCACCCAAGAGAACAAUGAUUUAACAUUUGUUCUCUAAUUCAAGUAUUUGCCACUCUAGUGUAAGAUAAAACAAAGUGAACCAUUGAUAGCUUUGACCUGAUCCUGGAUAAAUAUAUGACAUUGCAAGACCUAUUAGAUUUAAACUUGCAAAUGUAGACAUUGCUAUAUUGAUUUUCUAUUACAUAUGCUAACUUGAAACAUUGACAGUUGAAUAUCUUUUAUUUUUGUUUAUUAUUAAACACCAAGAGAACAUUCUAAAUUCCUUUAAUUUAUUGUAGCUAUUUAAAAGGUGGUUUGUUGUGUCAUUAAUGCUGGGUUCCUUCUGUUGUGAUGUUAAUUAUUGCAAUAAUAAACCCUUUUUUUUUAGGAACUGUUGUUUUACAUCAAAAUUUUUUUUUAUGGUCAUCUGCCCAGGGCCUGGAAACGUGCAACUAUUAUUCCUAUACCAAAAAAAGGGAAAAGAUGCUUCCACUGCUGAGGGCUACAGGCCCAUCUCACUCACAUCUUGUGUGGGAAAGAUGGUUGCAAAAAUGGUAAAUGAGCGUCUGGUUUGUUACCUUGAGAGUGCCCGUCUUAUAGCUCCAGAGCAGGCUGGUUUCAGAGUUGGAAUUCUGCUAUAGACCAAGUCAACAUCUUUGUGCAGAGCGUAGCAGAUGGAUUCCAAAGGACCGAAAGCACAUACGCAGUCUUCAUUGACUUAAAACAGGCAUAUGAUAAAGUAUGGUGGCCUGGUUUGCUUCAUAAGAUAAGAGCCGUGGGGUGUGCGGGGACAGAUAUAUUACUGGAUUAGAGACUUCCUACAAGAUCGUACAAUAAGAACAAGGAUGUACGGAGAAGUCUCAGGGGAAAUGACCCUCAAGCACGGCCUCCCCCAGGGCUCCGUUCUGUCAUGCACCCUUUUCACGGCCUUCAUAAAUGACCUACCGGCUCAGAUAAAAUGCCAAAAGCUGCUAUAUGCUGAUGAUAUUGUCCUUUGAAAAUCCGGAAGGAGCGCAACCACUAUACAAAAAGUGCUACAAGAAGAUCUCCAUACGCUCUGCUAAUACACACAAAAAUGGAGGCUAGAAAUAAACACCUCCAAGACGGUCUAUUCUCUGUUCACGCUCGGGACUGGCAUUUUCAGGCAACCUUUCCAGCUCUCCCUCAACGGGGUGGCUCUCAGCAUGGAAAAGCUACCCAAGUACCUUGGUGUAACUUUAGAUUGCAAACUAAAAAUGUGUGAGCACAUCCAGGAUGUUGUAAGAAAGGCCUCAGGGAAACUUUGCAUCUACGAAGUGGGGAGCCCGAGCAGACAUGCUCCAAUCCCUGUAUUGAGGAGCAGUCCGAUCACAUAUAGACUACAGCCUACCUGUGCAAAUUUAUGGCUCUAGGACUGCUCUUGAACAACUUGAUAAAAUACAGUCCCAAGCACUAAGAUUUGUCUGUGGAACCUUUAGGACAUCUGCAGUAAAUGCGGCUGAAUAUAGGUCCACUAAACCUUAGGAGGGAAAGGUCAGUACUGACCUGCUAUGAGCGGUAUAAAAGGCUGGAUGAAUACCUCCCAGCUAGAAAACUAAUGGAUGGUUGGAGAUGCAGAAGACGAAUCCAGAUACAGUCUUUUAGGCAUCAUGCCACUAGACUAUCUGAUGAAGCUGGCCUCUCCACCACCUGACAAAAUAUUCAACGCUUUCAUCCCCUUCCCCCUUGGUGUCGCCCUACGACCCCAAACAUACGCUUGAAACUAGUAGACCCUAAUGCCACUAAGCUAAGUCGUUCAUCUAACGACCUUCAAAUCCUAGCUCUGGUGACUAUUAAUACCUUCAAGUUCAGUGCUAUUUUUGCAUAUACUGAUGGGUUGGCAUCAAUAGAUUCUGGAAGAGCAGGCAAUGGAGCCUACAUCGACUUUCUUGGCUCUUACUCAGUCAAAAUCUUUGGACCAUUUGGUAGUGUUUGCAGUUUUGGUGCAGAGACCAUGGCAGUCUGUGAAGCCUUAAAAGUCAUUGACUCUCAACUCGACGAGGGACAUUUGAGGGCAACACAGAUUGUUGUGGUUACUGAUUCAAAAUCUGUACUACAGGCUUUGCAAAGCCCCAGACCAUGGCCCCCCAAUAUCAACACUGUCAUCAUGGCUUCACAUAACAUUAAACAACGCUAUGGCACCCCUGUAAUAAUGCAGUGGGUACCGAGUCACAAUUGCAGACUCUUUGGCCCACCAUGGAGGGCAAAUUCCACCCACUGAACAGGCUGUAAGCUUUCAUCAAGCCCUGGCUAUAAUACAAAAAACAGAAAUGGAAAAGUGGUUUGAGUGCUGGGACAAGUCCCAAAAAGCUUGUUGAGUCUGGAAGCGCAUGAGGCGCCCUGACCGCACUUCCCCAUGGUGGAGGCUGUCCAGGUCUGAGCAGGCUAUUAUAGCACAGUGAAGGACAGGCCAUUGUCCUGUUGGCUCAUAUUUCUUACGGCUAUGGCCAAAUUUUGAUUCACGGUGCACCUGCUGCAGGGAAAAAGAGGAAACCAAGCUUCAUAUUCUGUUUGACUGCCCCAGACUUACUGAUCUCCAUCUCGACAGAUCUGGGAAACCCAAAAUUCUCGACCUGUAUGGCGACAUUUAUGCACUACGCAAGACAACAGGGUUUCUGUCCAGGGCUUUUGCAAGAGAGGAUUUGAGUCUCUCAAGCCUUCACUCAAAUGGAGUUUGAUGAUGAUAUAAACUUUUCACAUGUUAAUUAUGAGUGAGUUGUGUGAAUGUACAAUUUGUUUUUUUUUUAUAGUUAUAAUGUUUUGUUUGGUGUGAUGCACACAAGACAAAUUUCCUAACGGACAAUUAUUAUUAUUAUUAUUUAUUUUAUUAUCUCUUUAGUGUUCCUUUCUAUCCAUAGUUAUUUUUGACCUAUAAUUAGUGGUGUUGUGAUCACUUUGCUCCAUACUAAUUAAAGGUUUUAACCUUAAUUUGAAUUACAUUUGUUUUUUAAAUGCAACUAUUUCACUCCAGCUUUGAGUCUAUUUCUUCUAUCAUAGGCAUUACCCUAGGUCAAUCUAGUCUGGCAUGUUAAUCAAUGACUUAAACUCAUUGGCUUUCCUGGUGAUUUAGGCAACCCAUUCCAUGCUCUAGUAGCACGGGAAAGAAGUAUUUGCACAAAUUUAUCCUAGCAUUUGGAAAAAGAAAUGUGUCUUUAUCUUUGUGUCUUUCAGCAUAAUUUUUUUAGUUCUUGUAUUUGAAUAUAAUGAAUUUGUUUUCUAUAUAAUUGCUUCUUUACUUUUUAGUUAUCUAUCCUAAAGGGUCUCUAAAUUUAAUGAUUUUACUAAAGGUGUCUGAAAUGUCUUUAUUUUUGUGUCUUUCAGCAUAAUUUUUUUAGUUCUUGUAUUUGAAUAUAAUGAAUUUGUUUUCUAUAUAAUUGCUUCUUUACUUUUUAGUUAUCUAUCCUGAAGGGUCUCUAAAUUUAAUGAUUUUUACUAAAGGUGUCUGAAAUGUCUUUAUUUUUGUGUCUUUCAGCAUAAUUUUUUUAGUUCUUGUAUUUAAAAAUAAUGGAUUUUUUUUCUAUAUAAUUGCUUCUUUACUUUCUAGUCUUCUAUCCUGAAGGGUCUCUAAAUUUAGUGAUUUUACUGAAUGUGUCUCUCUCUCAUCAAAUGUGAAUAUUUGUUUGUUAUAAAUCUCACUGCUCUUUUAUGUGUAUGUUCUAGUUUGUUAAUGUUUUCUUGAGUUUAGGGGUCCCAAACAGAGGAAGCAUAUUCUAUUAUUGACCUAAAUAAAGUUAACAUUAGUUUUAUAUUCUUAUUUGAUUUGUAAAAAAAAAAAAUUUGAUGAACCUUAUGCUUUGUUGUUGUUUUUUUAAAUAAUUUCAUCAAUAUGGGCAUUCCAUGAAAAUCCUUAUUUUAGCAACUAGGUAUUUGGAUUUUUAGUGUGUGUACUAGUAAUUUAAAUAAAUGUUUUAAAAUCACCCUUCCCCUUUAAAACAUUUUAAUGAAAAGUUCUGAAACUAUUUCAUGGCAGAUUCUUUUCUUCAAGUUCUAAAAUCCUAAAUGAUCCUUCUUACCCAUUGCUUAGCAUUUAUAUCACAUCUAAGUACAGAGAAAUCAGCUCUUCUUUCUCUGGGUUAGAAAAGGAAGCUUUCAAACUUCUAUUCUUUCGAUGUAUAGAAAAGCCAUUCCUUAUCAUGUAGGUCUAGUAUUUUGAUUUUUAUGCUUUUGAAUAUGUUAUUUUGUUUAUGGAUUUACUGUGUCAGUAGUUAUAAUGAUGGAACAAAGUACAUAAUAAUUUUUAAUGUUCAUUGAUUUAUGUCUUUCUAUUAGCCUUGUUCCAAUGAGGUUGUGAUUUCCAUGAUCAUUUAAAAACUUACCUGUUAUCACUAGAAUUCUUGAGUAUAGGAAUAAUUUUUUUUUAAUACAAAUAAAAUUAUGAGUAAAAAGUAUACAUCCAACAGAAAGCAAUUUAAAAGUGCAAAACUUUGUCACAAAUGUAUACUUUUUUUUUUAUUGUUUACAUUAUUGAUAUUUAAUCUUGCCACAGAAACUUAGUUUUUAUUUUUUUAAUUUUUGUAAUAAACAAACAGUUUAAAGACGA